GGUCCCAGGGCGGUCCCAGGCGGUUCCGGGGCGGUCCCGGGGCGGUGCCGUGGUCGGGCCCGGUCGCGCCAUGGCCGCCGGUGCGGGGCUGGCGCUGCUGGCGGCGCUGCUGGCGGCGGCCGGGGCCGAGCGGGCCCGGAAGGUGUCCAUGCAGUACAACCCCGGCUGGGACAACUCCUCCGUGAACCUGCUGCAUGUGCGGGCGGCAGGGCCCGGGGACAGCCUGCACUACGUGUGGAGCAGCAUCGGAGCCCCCGCCGUGCUCCUGGUGGCCACCCAGAGCCCCAGCAGUGCCCUGAGGGUCAACUGGACACGGCUGCUCUCCCCCAGCCCUGCCGGAGCCGUCUGGAUCGACCCUCCCGACAGCGUGGUCUAUUCCACGGCCGUGGUCUUCAACAAGCUGUACGAGUUCAGCGAGGCCAAACCUUUGGGAAAGCUCUUCUACCCCACCUAUGACCUGUCGGAGUUCUCCUGGGACAGCCUCAACCACACCCUGAACCUCACGGCACUGACGGCCGAGCUCAGCGGGGUCCCGGCCGCCGACCCCGGCGGUGCCUUCUCCAACGGCAGCCUGGCAUUCCGGGUGACAGCGUACGAGGCCGGUGGCCGCGCCGGGCGCCUGCCCAGCCUCCUGCACACGGCAGACAGCUCCCAGCUGGAAUUCGUCCUGGCCGGGGUGGCCCCGCGGGGGAACAGCUCCCGCUUCGUGCUGGAGGUGGCCACGGUGGAGGAGGCGGGGGCGGCGCGGAGGCUGCGCUCGGAGAGAUCCAUCGACGACGAGUACACCCCCACCAUCUUCGAGGUGCUGUCCCUGCUCGCUGAGUCCCAGAACGGCAGCUCCACGCUGGGGUUCCUGCAGUGGAAGGCGACGGCCUACGGCUCACAGAGCCCCCGGCGCGAGGACGGGAUCCAGUGCCGGGCUGGGGGGCUGCAGGCGGCCAACUGGACCCUGCCCGUGUCCAGCAUUGUCCAGGCCUACUUUGGGGACAGUCUGGGCAGCUCCUGCACCGUCAGCGCCCUCAAUGUGUCCUUUGGGGGAGAGGAGGGAGAGGUGUACCGGGAGAAGCGAUACCUCAGCUGGUCGGUGCUGCUGGGCUUCGGGGAGCCCCCCAGGGACAGCUUCUCCCCCCUGGUGAUCUCCAUCGCGGCCGUGGCGCUGGGCACGCCCCUGGCCAUGCUGCUGCUGGGCAGCCUGGCCGUGCUGCUGGCGCAGAGGAGACGCUACUCCGAGUACGAGCCCAUCAACUGAGGGCCCCACGGAGACCCCCGGGACCCUCCCCGUUCCCGGGACCGGCCGUGGCUGCUGCCGGCCUCCUCCGAGCCCCGAGGGGACCGGGGUGACACUUGCAGUGUCCCCCCAUGUCCUGCUCCUUCCCACCGCCACCUCCUGCACUGGGCUGCACUUCCUCCCCGGAUUUUUCCUGAUCCACGAAGCUAAGGGAAGAGAUGGGGGGAGUUUGGUCAGGAAAAUCUUCCUCCUCCUCCUCCUCCCAAGGGAUACAACCACUGCUGCUCUGGCUGCAGGCCAGGGACUGGCCCCAGUGCCACCUCCAGGGACGCUCGGGUGGCUCCAGCCUGGGCUUCCCAGUAACUCCCAGUAACUCCCAGCUCCUGCAGCCGGGGCUCACGGACUCCUCCCUGCUCCGCGUUGCUGCUGUGCUGGCCUGGGACACAGGGACACCCAGUGCCACCUCACAGCAGCUGCUCAAGCUCAGGUGUGUCCUGUCGGGCUGUGGAGAGCUGCUCCAGCCGGGGCGCUGCUCCUGGAUACCCCGCAGGGAUGGAUCCCAGGUGCUGCCCGGCUGUCCCAGCCCUGGGGUGAGCGUGGCCUGUGGGGUCCUCAGAGGUAUCUGGGGCCGUGCUGGGCUCCGAGUUCUCCAUCACCGACUUGUCUUCAACCAAAUAAAGUGGAUUUUUAAACACGG